CACAAACUUUUGAAACAUCCACACACUAUUCACAAAUUGAACUCAAAUCGAAUAAUUAUUUUGUGAAUAUUCCAAAAUGGGAGAUGUUCCCGCAAAGGGCAGCCUUUUGGGAAACUGCUUUCCCGCACGGUACCAAUUCGCAGUGCUGGGGUCUAUCGCAAUGGCAAUUAUUUACGGCUUAAAAGUGAACCUAAGCGUAACAAUGGUGGCAAUGCUUAAUCACACGGCACUUGCUAUUAGUCAAGCGAGCAACGAAACAGAUCCGAAGGAGGAUGAAGCAGAGUGUAAGCCACCGCCUGGUACCAGCACUGAUGCCAAGAAGGUUGAAGAUGGACCAUUUGACUGGAGCGAGCCGCUGCAAGGCAUACUACUCAGUUGUUACUUCUGGGGCUACCUGGUCUCACAAAUUCCACUGGCGCAUGUGGCCGAGAACAUAUCUGCCAAAUGGGUGGUAUUUUUCUCGGUCGCCAUCAAUGUGGUGUGCACGAUUCUGACGCCAAUCCUAACUAAACUGCACUAUGGCGGCCUGAUAGCAAUGCGAUUGCUGGAGGGCAUUGGGGGUGGUGCUUCAUUUCCUGGCAUGCACGUCAUGAUUGCCGCCUGGGCACCAAUCAAUGAGCGAAUGGUAAUCUCUACAAUUACCUACGUAGGCACGUCCGUGGGAACGGCACUCUCCAUUCUUAUGUCUGGGGUGAUAGCCGUGAAGUUUGGCUGGGAAUGGGUGUUCUAUGUCAUGGGUGGCCUGAGCUGCAUUUGGAUGAUACUGUGGAUUUUCAUGGUGCAAGACAAUCCCAACAAACAGCGCUUCAUCAGUGAACAGGAGCGUGAACUGAUUAACGACUCAUUGGGCACGACAGGAGAUGAAGAGCACCCGCCAGUACCUUGGCGUAAGGUCUUCACUUCGUGCCCCUUCUGGGCCAUUGUGGUUGCGCACGUUUGCAGCAACUGUGGCUGGUACAUGUUCCUCAUUGAAAUACCCUUCUACAUGAAGCAGGUGCUUAAGUUCAAUGUGGCGAACAACGCGGUGCUGAGUGCCUUGCCUUACGUACCCUUCUUCUUCUUUAGCAUUUUCAUAGGAAAGCUUCUGGUCGUAUUGGUGACAAAAGGGAAAUUAACCACUACUUGCGCCCGAAAGAUAGCAACAUCUAUCGCUAGUGUCAUUCCGAGCAUUUGUCUGAUAAUCCUAUGCUUUAUCGGCUGUCGGCACUACGAGGCCGUGGGCGUUAUGUCCGUUGGCAUAGUAGCCAUGGGCGCCAUGUUCUCCGGCUUUCUCUCGAACCAUAUUGAUAUCGCACCAAAUUUUGCUGGCACUCUGAUGGCGCUCACCAACACCUUGGCUACACUUCCGGGCAUCAUUGUGCCCCUGUACGUGGGAUAUGUCACUAAAGGAAACCAAACCAUUGGCGCUUGGCGACUUAUUUUUGCCCCGACAAUUGUUUUGCUGUUAGUCGAGUUUGUGUCUUACCUUAUAUUCGGCACCGCCAAGGAGCAACCCUGGAAUAAUGCAGCAGCUAAGACCUCAUAAAAAUAUUGACUUAAAAUGUGUGAGUUCCUCUGGUUCGUGAGCAGCUCGUGCGAACACAUUGAAAUGCUCCUACUCGUGAGCAAUUCGUAAAUGUUAAAAUAAAAAGUGUCAGGGUGGCAUAGCUAAUCAGUAUAUUACAAUUGGAUUGCAGGAUUGUGAGGGAUUACAUGGAAAGCAAAUGCGUAGUCGGAUUUUAAGCACAUUAGUAGUAGUGGAUAAAAUAUAUGUAUGUGCAUAUGAUACUGUAUAGAUCGUUGUAGUCUGCCGCUGCCCAAGUAUUUAUCUCUCUUCAUUUUCCAUCCAAAGU